GGCGACUAGUGACGUCGGAGCAUUGGUGGAGGCAAUGCGAAUAGCGAAUGUGAAGACGCACACAAUUCGACCGGGCCUCAGCGAGGAGCAGCUGGAGACGGCACUCCGGGGCCUGGAGGCCUACACGGCUUUGGAGGAGCUUGUGCUGUCAGUGCCUCCUGACUCGACGGGACGAUGGCUGAGGCUCCUGCCGCCGUCAUUGCGAACGCUCUACGCCUUCGGACCGGGGGUGACGGGGGAGCCGCUGACACUGGGGGCGGGAAGACAACCCGACCAUGGGCUGACGGUCGUCAUAAAGCAGGCGGGAGAUGACGUCAUCAACCAGCUGGCCAAGGAGCUGGGACCACGGGUUACCGGGCUGAAUAUGUUCAACUGCCCGCGUGUCACUGCCGGGGCCUUACAGAGGCUGCUGUCCGCCCUCACCGGCCUGGAGGACGUCACACUUGACGGCACUCUGUCCGGCGCCAUCACUGACGCCUCACUGGCCGCCCUCCACGGCUGCUCCCAGCUGAAUACAAUACAGCUGGGAACGCCCAGUGUACUCUGUACGGAUGUACCGGUCACAGCGGUCAGCAGACUGGUGGUUGCCUGUCGGAGACUGAAGAAGCUGCUCUUUUACGCAACAGGGGAGGAGCUCAGUCAGACGGUCCUGGACGCCCUGGUCCGGGCAGACCUGGGGAAAAGCGAUGACGGCACACCGAGGACACUGGAGUUCCAGGUCCUAACAGCCGUUUAUGACAAACUGAGCAAACCGUCUAAUACCGGCAACAUCAAGGUUGUGAGGGACCCCAAAUACUAGAUGGGAUUAUCACUUAUAACGACUCGCCGACACCUACAGCGGUAUCAGCGGUGAUCAUUCUCGGCUUGUUCACCCUUGGAUUGGAAGGAUCCGAGAAUAUGACGGACAAAUGGGGCGACAGUCGGCCGGGCUUCAUCACCAACUGGGAGCUGGUGAAGCUGCGCUCCCUCAGCACCGGGUGGACACGGUGGGGUCGAACAUAAUGCCGGCUUGUUCUUACUAUGCUGCUUUUGCUUAUAUGUUUUCUGUAUCAUAUAUGAUGAGAAACAAUUACGUAAUAGUUCGGUGAAAAUCAUUCAAAUGAUGUGAGCAAUUGUAGAGAUUGUGUGACUUAGGGAAUAAAACUAUGGAUAAGAUGCACAGUUAGAUGAUCGUCAAUGUUGCUUUAUCCAGUCCCGGCUUGUCGAAAUAUAUCAGCAACCUAAUUAUGGUACAUACCGAGUUUAUAGAAUAGGUACACUUUUCCAAGGCGUUGGUAUAAGACAUUGCUAUACAAUCCGCUAGGACAGACUGAUCUAACAAAUUGUCAGAGUACCCUGCUCUACGGAAUCGUUAGAAUGAACGCACCAUAUGUCCUUUACCUUUCGAACGACGCCUGUGAAAACUGAAGAGUUAUUAGUGCGCUCAGUGUCUCGUAUCGAUACACGGUGCGGCGGUGUCAACAAACCCGACCGAGGGAGGACUGCCAAGUUUGAGGGCCACCGAACCACCUGACCUGGGGAUGGGUGACGAUAGCGGGGGGAAGGGGGCGUGGCGAGUUUAGCCGGCGGUUCACCGCCCCUCACAUUUACCGGGUAUCGGUACUUUUGUGAGAGACUGUACAUUCACAUGGUUUGUGCUGUGGAAAUUUGCUGUUUGGUGUAAAUUUGAUAAAAACUGGUUGACGUGAGAAACAAAUGUAAUGAAACUGUUUGACGUGAGAAACAAGUGUAAUUAAUUGCUAAGUGCCGAUGUUAUGUACGGCUUUAGGGAUAAGGGAUAGGUAAGUGGCUUUUUCCCACAUUGUCUACAAAUGUGUGAAUGAUGUAUGAGCGCGAAAGUAUGCAAACGAGACAUACUUUUAGGACAGCUGUAUCGGAGAAAGGCAAAUGAGCUACGCGUUUUUUUUUUUUUUGUUUUUUUUUGCUUUCUUACAUGACAAGAGUUCUAUACUUCACUCACAUGAGAAUGCUUUUGCUGCUUGUGAUUGCUCGCAAUAAAUGCAUGCAAGUUA